UUCGACCAAACACAAGUGGUGAUGGCCAACACUAGCACCACAAUGUUUGAGAUCAAGGGAUCAAAGCAGGUGGCAGUGGUUGGAAAGGAGGAGAAGUGUGCGUUCACCACUGUUGUCGGUGUUUCUGCAUCUGGUGAGCUUCUCCCCACCCAAUUCAUUUUCAAAGGCCAGACUGCUCGCGCUCUCUCUUCCCUGAUGGCUCCUGGACAAGCUGAGGCAUUUUGCCUUGGCUUCAUUUACUCCUUGAACAAAGAAAACUACUGGUCAAACUUUGACACAAUGGAGGAGUAUUUUUAA